AUGCUCAGAAGAGCUCUUCUCAACGCCCAACGACUUGUUAAAUCCUCCACCAUUGCCAACCGGACCACGACCAUUUUCAGGCCACAAUAUGGUUGGGUUUCAAGAUUCUCAUCCACCAAUAUUAGUAACGCUCAGUCAUUAGAAAUGGACCUUUCAACCGAAGAAAGCAAAAGGCGUCUGUUUAACAUGUUAAUAUUUUCAAUUUCCUUUUGGAGAGGAUUUUUGGAGCUGGAUUUGGUUCUGGGAAAAUGGGUGGAGGAACAUAUCUACUCCAUGGAUGAAAAUGGAAUUAAAGCUCUAGUUCAUGUCCUUGAUUUGGAAAACCCAGACCUCCGGAGAUGGCUAACAGGCCAAGAACGACCGCCUGAAGCAGUGAGUGGUAAUCCGGUCUUCUCCGCAGUACAAGGGAAGGUGUUGAAAAACCUGAACCAUUCAGCUCCCGAGACACGAGCAACUCCUGGUCAGCCAUGUGUGAGAGGAUGGGAUGAUUUUCAGAAAGGUCACGAUGUCCCUAUCACCGGCGGUGAAAAGUUUUUAUGGCGAAAUCUCAAUUCCAUUUUGGAAUAA